CGGUAAAUCUGUGUAGUUAGUCGGACCCAUUUGGGAGGGGGGACGCGUUUCCGGAAGCUGUCAGCUGUGAAACACCGCAUCCACUGCGAUGAGUUUCGAGUGGCCCUGGCAGCACAGUUUCCCCCCGUUUUUUACGCUACAGCCCAAUGUGGACACAAGGCAGAAGCAGCUGGCAGCAUGGUGUUCCCUGGCCCUGACGUACUGCCGGCAUCACAAACUCUACACCCUGGACGUCAUGGAGGCUCAGGAAAGCCCCAUGUUCAACAACAAGAAGAUAGAGCGAAAACUGUCAAUGGAAGCAAUUCAAGUUGUGUUUGAGGAACUGAGGAAAAAAGGUAACCUGGAAUGGCUGGACAAAAACAAGUCCCGGUGUUUAGUCAUGUGGAGACGACCGGAGGAAUGGGGCAAGCUGAUAUACCAGUGGGUUUCCAAAAACGGGAUGGUCAACACUGUUUUCACCCUGUAUGAACUGUCAAAUGGUGAUGACACAGAAGGUGAAGAGUUUCACGGUCUUGAGGACUGGAUGCUUCUGCGCUCGUUGCAGGCGUUACAAGCGGAAGGCAAAGCGGAGAUCAUCACCAUGGACGACGGCAAGGGUGUCAAAUUCUUCUGAAGCGGUGCUGGAAUCACACACACACACACACACACACACUCUGUCUGGGGACCCUCAUGCUGUACCUUUGGCUGUCCAAGGCUACACGAGCUGCACCUCAGUGACCAGCCCAGAGGAUGCUGGUCCCGUUAAUGAUGUUGCCUUUCGGUUCGCCCAGUUUCAUAGCCUUUUUCUGAUUGGAGGAGAAUUGGAGGAGUGUUAAGUGUUUGGGUAAAAGGGCAUCGGAGGUGACACUGUGUUUAAAGUGACAUGCAAAGAGUCUCAUCAGGGGACUAAGUACCAUUCUGUCUGAAUACUUUACUGAAAUAUCAUUUCCCACCAGCUGUAACUUCACUCUCUCUUUAUCGUAAAUACAAACCAGUUUGAAGCCAAUUGUCCCAAGAAUUAGCUCCCGACCUUCGCUCGGCUGUUGUUCCUUUUUUUUUUUUUUACCCAACCAG